AUGGCCACGCGAUCCCAGCCGAAACCACCGCCACCCCUCCCACGUCCCGCCCGCAAGUCCCAGGCGGGAAACGUGCCCGCUCCGACGCCUGCCCCAUUGCCGUUGGCUGGCAAGAAACGGCCGCUCCCGAAAUUCAAAAAGAAAAAGCAAGAAAAACCCACAAUCGUGACUCGCACCGCACCUGAGGAUGUCGACGUCGCCGUCGAGUGGCCUGGGGGUAUGGUUUUGCUUGGCGUUGGCACGUCGUACCGCCCUCCCGCCCCUGAAAAGGGCCUCACGUAUGCUGAGGGAUUCGGUGGCGAUGGUCUCUGGCGCUGGCACGAAUUUACGCGGCACCCCGAGCUCCUCGACCACACCGCGCCCUUCAUGGCCUGGGCUCAUAUUCCGACGCAGGACCAGAGGGACCAGUCGAUACUCUACCGCCGCGCGUCUAGGCAAGACUGCGCGCGGCUUCCGGACGAAGCUGCGGAGGGGAAGGAGAUGUUUGAAGGGAGGAAAAAGCUAGGGAAGAAGGGCAUGGGCACGGUGAACGGGAUGUACAGGCUCACCGACGAGUUGUACAAGGACAUGAAGGCGCGACAUACUACCCUCCGCCAGCAUUGCGACUUCGCGACGCGCCUCCUGAAGCGGGCAUCGAAAGAGUGCAUGGACGGCGUCAGCCCCCACAGCGUCAUCCGCGUCAUCCUGGCGAAUGUGCGCGAGCCCGUCCGCGAGUAUCUUGACGUCGUCCACGCCUGCGAACACCUCCGGUACGGCCGCAUCUCCGCCUUCCAGGAGUUCGAUGUCUGUUUCUCGGCGUUUCAGCGCGCCCACAACGUCAUGCUCGCCUACUUCGAUUUCGCCUGCUCGAUCCUUCCCCCGUCUAUCGCGCCUGGUCUCGCGGAACUCCCCAAGCUGACGUCGAGCGAACAUCGCCGCGGAGUCGUGCUGGCCGGGGAAGAUAUCAAGACGUACAUCCGGUUUUUCAAGGCCCAUCGCAUCCCGGUCUGGGUCGUCAUCCGCGUCAUCCUGGCGAAUGUGCGCGAGCCCGUCCGCGAAUACCUCGAUGUUGUGCACGCCUGCGAACGCCUCCGGUACGGCCGCAUCUCCGUAUUCCAGGAGUUCGACGUCUGUUUCUCGGCGUUUCAGCGCGCCCUCAACGUGAUGCUCGCCUACUUCGACUUCGCCUGCUCGAUCCUUCCCCCGUCUAUUGCGCCUGGUCUCGCCGAGCUCCCCAAGCUCACGUCGAGCGAACAACGCCGCGGAGUCGUGCUGGCCGGGGAAGAUAUCAAGACGUACAUCCGGUUCUUCAAGGCCCAUCGCAUUCCGGUCUGGGUGUAUGCCGCGAUGAACACGAUCUUCAUCCCCGCUGGGAAGCUUGGCCCUCCCGAUUCUCCUCGCUGCGACGUCUCUGCGUGCCCGAUCCUGAACGACUUCAAGCAGAGGUCGCUGCCUCUGCGCUGGUACCCCCCGCCUCCUCAUUGUCCCUGGGCGAUGAUCGAGCCCAUCGGGCGCGGCUAUGUCCCGCGACCGGACGAAGACUCUUUCGAGCUGGGGCAGGAGGCGGCGAAGAAGAAGAAGAAGUGGGACGGGGCAUUAAAAAGACAAGAAGAGAUUCGCGAGGGUCAAGCGCGAAAGCUGGAGAACCUCAAGAAUAUCUUCGGAGACCUCGGUUCCUCGCUCGAGCGGUAUCAGAAGAUGGCCGUGCGUUCGCCAGCCGCGCAACGGUACUUCGCCAACAAGAUCAAGCCACGACCGGCUUGGGCGCCCCCUAUCGACAGCACGUACAUGGUGGCGCUCGACGGUGCCAUGAAGCACCUCGACUUCCUCACACGUCCCCUCCCCCACCCCGUCAUCGACACCAGCCACCCGAACUUCUACAAGAUCGCGCCCAAGAUCCCGCGCGAGCAACUGGACGCCUUGCUCGAGUUCCAGCGAAGCCAACUGGUGCUUAAGACGUGGGUGCCCCCGUUGUCGGUGUUCACCAACCCGACCAAGUGGGAGAAGACCGUCGAGUUGGUCUCCAACGCCGUCACCCUCCUACCGGUCAUGUUUGAGCGGCUGUACUGGACUCGCCACGCCGACGACGUUCACCCGCUCACCCCCACCGAGUGGCGCGACAUCCUCACGAUCACGCACUGGAAGGGCGUCUGGAACAAUUACCAUCGGGAGAAGUACAUCGAGGAGAAGCUGGUGGAGUUAAGGACCAAGGAGGACUGGGAUGAGGCGAAGGAGGCGGAGACGCGCGCGCAGCUGAAGGGCGAGAAGAUCCCGCUCGAGCCAUACAUCCACGAAGAGUACGACAAAUAUGGAAGCCCGAAGUUCUUCGGGCAGAGGCUUACUGACGAAGUGAUCUCGUGCCUCGCUCCGGGGCAGGAACGCUGGAACUUUCUACGAGGCGACCUGACGUGCGGCCACCCAGCGACGAAGGAGCGCCUCAUAAAGGACCCGGAACUCGUCCACAACAUCUUGCUGUGGUUCGAGCUACUGUCCCGUAUGUUCUGGUUUGCCGACUUGAAUUCGCAGGCGCUUGCAAGGGAGGGGGUCCCUGCGUCAGCGGACGGCUGGCGCCACACGCCCAUCUUCUCAGACGAGAAAGAUCGGCAGCGCCCGACCGCGAAACUCAUCAUGCAGGCUGUCAUCCACCAUCAAGUGGUUGAUAAGACCGGGUGGCCAGGCGGCGGGGAGGACGCCGGCGAUACCUUCAUGUUGCCAGAGGAUCUCGGACACAUCGCCCAACUCCUCAUCGGCGCCGACCACGCCCAUUUCGUCGACCAGUACAUGGAGCGUGAUCUGGACUGGUAUACCGUGCAGGACUUGAGGGAGCUCAUGCCCGAGGGCGGCGAACCCUUCGGCUCGGUGUCUGACGCCGAGUUCGGUACUGUGACAGAGCAACUGCUCCUGCGCUACAUACUGACCUCGUUUGGCGCUCGGCAGUGGCCCGUCGAGUUCACCACGCUCCCCCGGCACUCCCUCGACCAAUACAAAUGCAUGGAGUGCCGCCCUGCCGCCAAAACCCGCGAACGGCCCGAAGACGAUGCUGACGCGGCGGCGGCGUUGUCUGUGGCGUUGGGCACUGUCCCCCCCACCCCUCAUCCGCAUCUGGGCGAUCCCGCGCCGAUGGAUACAGGGAUGGACGUCCGGUUCCAGUACGACCCCGACCCGUUCUGGGAAAGCUACGACGGCCACCUUUCCGACGAGCCCGGUGAGAACGAAGGGUUCUCGGACUAG